AUGGCUGGUGACCACUCUGCGCAUGAUGUAUCUUCGAAGAAGAGUUCAUCGACACCCUUGAGUGCGAAGAAAUCCCAAAAGAGGAAGAGAGAUCCUGAUGGCUCUGUCGUCCCUACCUCGACCCCAACGCCGACCAAGAAGCCGAAGAAAACCCAGAGCCCUUCGUCCACCUCUACGCCCCUCAAAGAAAGCCGGAAAAAGAAAAGAAAAUCCGAAUCAGCUGCCAGUGGUGCUUUUCAAGAAGAAUCGUCCCAGGAAGAGAGUGCUGUCUCGCCGGUCAGCCGUAAAAAGGCUUCUACAAGUAAAAAUGACAGCAAGGAUAAAACAAAAAAGAAAUCAAAGAAGCUUAAACGAGAGUCGCGAGACAAUCAUGGUUCGUCUGAGGAUGCUGCAGAUAUAGAAGAACCGAACAGUGACCAGGAACGCACUGUGGAAAAACACGUGGAUUCGAAGGAUAUAGACGCCAUGUCAGAGGAUGAAGAUAAUGCAAAGCCCCAAAAGAACAAACACUCGGGAAUUUUGUCUAAAUUUGAAAAGGCGGUUAAGGCGACGGAAUCGGCCAAGGCAAAAUCUGGCGAAGAAGAUGUCGAUAAUGAGUCUACCGGACCUGUAACUGCGGAACCGGUUAUAGCGCAGGGCCUGGAGCCGUUGCCUCAGCCAGAAGCAGCCCCCGAGCAAGAUGAGAAGCCAAGCUAUUCCUCCCUUCCGUCGUGGCUUGCCAACCCGUUAAGGACUUCCGCUGAAGAAAAAACCCCGUUUUCAAGCCUAGGGAUCGAGGAGAACGUCCUACGCAUCCUUGAAAACAACGGGUACAAGGAAGCGUUUGCGGUCCAGUCCACUGUGAUUCCGUUACUCUUGCAGGGUUCUAAGAAUCACCCAGGAGAUGUAUGUAUUUCUGCAGCCACCGGUUCGGGAAAGACAUUGUCAUACGUCCUGCCCAUGGUUACAGCUCUAGAGCAAGUCCCUGCUCCUAGGCUAAGAGGCCUCAUCGUCGUGCCCACAAGAGAACUAGUUAAACAAGCUCGAGAGGCAUGCGAGCUUUGCGCUGCUGGGUCUGGCCUUCGUGUCGCUUCCGCUGUCGGAAAUGUGGCCAUCAAAGAAGAGCAGCGUUCAUUAAUGCGCGUUGAUGAAGUUUACGGCCCAGAGAACUUUAAACUGCGACAACAGGAUAAAUUAACGGACAAUGACUGGUUGAACUUUAGCCUACAAGACUAUAUCUCAGAUGCAGGAGAUCAGAGUGAAUCGUUGCCGGGUUAUAUUCGCAAGGCAGAACCCAAUGUUGAUAUUCUGAUUUGUACCCCAGGUCGUCUCGUCGACCAUAUCCGGUAUACUAAAGGCUUUACCCUGAAGCAUCUUGAGUGGCUCGUCAUUGAUGAAGCCGAUCGAUUGCUCAACGAGAGCUUCCAGGAAUGGGUUGAUGUUGUAAUGAACUCUUUAGACGCAAGAAAGAACGCGGAGACUUUUGGAUUUAGCGGAAAGUUCCUCGCCAAUCUUGGGCUUCCGAUACAAACCAAAGACCCGAGAAAGGUGAUCCUCAGUGCCACCAUGACGAAGGAUAUCUCGAAGUUGAACUCUCUACGACUUUCGAAUCCUAAGCUGGUUACUGUUGGCUCUGCUGAACAAGCCACAUCUCAGGAGGAUGAAACUGGUAUUCAUGAUCGCGCUGGCGAUCAGUACACUCUGCCGCCUAGACUGAAGGAGUCCUCUCUCUCGGUUGGUGACGGGUCACAGAAGCCACUUUAUCUCCUGCGUCUCCUUCUGUCGCACAUUAAGGUGGAUGUGAAUAAGAACACAAAGCGUGCUUUGAUAAACACAUCCGAUACAGAUGACACUAGUUCGGAGGGUUCGUCUUCUGAAGAAUCUAGCUCUGACGAAUCGGACUCGGAUUCGGCCUCCGAUUCAGAAAGCUCUGAUUCUGACACCGACACCGAGACUUCUAGCUCUGACGAAUCGAGCUCGGAAGAAUCAGGGUCUGACUCUUCCAGUGACGACAGCUCAUUGUCGAGCGAUAGUUCCGAUUCCGAAGAUGAUUCAGCAUCUGAGGAUGAACUAUCGGUGGACGUCAAAGCAGAUAACAGUCGCCCGCGAGCCUCUGUUUUGAUCUUUACCAAGUCAUCCGAAUCCGCCUCGCGUCUUGCGCGCUUGCUUGCCUUGCUUGAUCCAUCCUUGGCCAAGGAGAUUGGAACGAUCAUCAAGUCGAACAAGUCAUCAGCCUCCCGGAAAACGCUUACUGCUUACCGUCAAGGGAAGAUCUCGAUCAUCAUUGCUACUGACCGGGCGUCUCGUGGUCUUGACUUGCAAUCCUUGACUCACGUUGUCAACUAUGAUGUCCCAACAAGCAUCACUACCUACGUGCACCGUGUCGGUCGUACCGCGAGAGCUGGCAGGGAGGGAUCUGCCUGGACCCUUGUUGCGCAUCGGGAAGGCCGGUGGUUCACGAAGGAGAUCAUCCAAACAUCUGACAACAGAAUUACCAGGUCUUCUAAAGUACAAAAGGUGACGAUGAAGCUUGACAAUAUGAAGGAUGUCAAAUCGAGGUACAGACAAGCGCUGGAUACACUCGAGAAGGAGGUGAAAACAGGGGGAACAGGGAAGGCUUCAAGGACAGAAAAGUGA